UAAAUAUAUAAAAAAAAGCGGCCCCGGUCCACCUUCCGCCAUCCCCUUUCUUUCUCUGCUUUGCCUCUUUCGAGUACGAUCGGAUCCCAUUUCUUCCUCCUCCACCAAUUCCGUCUUCGAGGGUUUCCGGAGAGGCAUAUCUUCCAUGGAUUCCGCGUCUUCAGGGCAGCCGGAGUUCGAUUAUUUGUUUAAGCUGUUGCUGAUUGGGGAUUCGGGCGUGGGUAAGAGCAGUCUCCUCUUGAGGUUCACUUCGGACUCCUUCGAGGAUCUUUCGCCUACAAUUGGCGUUGACUUCAAAGUAAAGAUUGUUAACAUUGGUGGAAAAAGGCUGAAGCUUGCUAUCUGGGAUACAGCUGGACAGGAACGAUUCAGAACUUUAACAAGUUCAUAUUACAGAGGAGCACAAGGAGUCAUUAUGGUUUAUGAUGUAACACGGAGGGACACAUUCACAAAUCUUUCUGAUAUAUGGGCUAAGGAAAUAGAACUUUAUUCAACUAAUCAGGAUUGCAUUAAGAUGCUUGUUGGGAACAAGGUUGAUAAGGAAGGUGAGAGAGCGGUAACAAAAAAGGAAGGAAUUGACUUUGCAAGGGAAUAUGGAUGUUUGUUUCUAGAAUGUAGUGCAAAGACUCGUGUCAAUGUGGAACAAUGCUUUGAGGAGCUCGUGUUAAAGAGUUUUGCAGUUGCAUUUUUUUCCCUCAUGCUCCCUGCUGGCCAUGGUGCGAUGAUUUUGGCUUACCUGUUUGAUCGGGGUUGUACAAUCACUUGCCAUCCAGAUUGUUAUCUUGGCAUCACCGACUAUUUUGAAGCUGGGACUUGCAUAUCCUGGAAACACCAAGCCUCUGUGCUGAGGGUUCAUCCGGCCUUAAAAAGAAUAUCUUCAAGCAAAAGCCUCCCCAAGCAGAUGCUUCCACAAGCAGCUGCUGCUGACCGCUUGUCUUCUGCACAGACUCCGCUCCUUCCUCGCACUAGUGGUUGCCAAAAUUGCCUCUUGAUAAUUUUGCUGGUUGGUUCAUGUAUAGUACUGAUAUUUCUUUUAAUCCACAAUAUUCCCAACUUCAGCAGCUAUUUCCAUGUCCUCCUUACUGUAUACUAGUGUAUGACUGGUUUAAUGUUUACCCGACAAGAAACUUGAUGACCGUCAGAAACUUGUUUGCUCUGGAGUUCUGCUCAUUGUAGAGCACAAAGUUUCUGCAUUGUACUAUAAAUGAGAUCAGGGAAAGUUGUUGUUUUACCAAUUGCUAGGGCGUAGAACCAGCCUACUUACACCAUAAUCUUCUUGAUA